UAAUUUGCCACUCGUACAGAACGCAAACGUCGUGGCCAGACCAAAACCAACUGUUUUCGAGAUGAGACUGCUCUUGGCCGUGAUCCUUGGCCUUUGCCUGGCGGAGUUGUCUGGUUCGCAGGGCACAAAGUACGGACUGUGGACUCCGGACCGAGCCUACUCCGACUCGCAGCCCAUCCAGUGGACUGGGGGUCAGUUCGAGUUCCCCUGCGCCAGCACCAAGUCGCUCUUCAAGAGCUCCGGCAAGUUCAUUCCCAAGAACGUGAUCGCCACGCGGGCCCAGCUCAUCGGAGACACCAUCUACUUGGCUCUGCCGCGCUACCGAAAGGGAGUGCCCGCCACGCUGGUCAAGACCACGGUGAAGCCGGGCACCUGCUCCACCACCUUCAAGCCCUAUCCCUGCUGGGACCUCCAGGAGGAGGGCAACUGCAAGGCCCUGCAGUCCGUGGUGGACCUGAUGGUCGACCAGAACGAGGUGCUCUGGGUCCUGGACACGGGCAUUGUGAACACCCUGGAGACCCCGGUGCGGAAGUGCCCGCCCAAGGUGGUGGCCAUGUCGGUGAAGACCGGCAAGGUGCUGAAGACCGUCUCCCUGGAGGGCCUCACCUCCAGCAGUUCCCGCCUCCAGUACCUGGUGGUGGACUACGCCCCCGAUGGCGGCUGCUUCGUGUACGUCAGUGAUGCCGCCAACAGGGCCAUAAUCGUAUACAACCUCCAGGCGGAUCGCGGAUUCAGGGUGGUGCUGCCCAAGGCCGUCACCGCCGGCUGUCGAUCGAGGGACGUGCUCUACAUUGCCCUCAUCCGCAGGGACUGCGGCUCCACGGAGCUCUACUUCACCUACCUGAGCACCAGCAAGCUGUUCUCCCUGAAGUCGGAGUAUCUGCGCAGUGGACUGGCCGACGGACGCAUCUUGGAUCUGGGCAAGAAACCCAGUCGCAUGGUCAUAAUCGGCACGGACAACGGCUCGGCGAUCUUCUUCCGGAACGAGGGCGACGCGGAGGUGUACCGCUGGGACACGAACUCCACGUUCGCGGAGGCCAACUUCAAGCCGGUGUACCGCAGCCAGACCUGCCAGCUGGUGACCCACGCGGUGCCCGAUUACAAGAGGAACACGAUGCGGGUCCUGCAGAGCAACUUCCCCGACUACAUGCAGAACCGCGUCGGUUGCGGGGCCAUCCAGCAGUUGGGUCUGAUGCAGGGCUGCUGGUAACAAGGCCCUCGCACCCACUCCCACCCAUCAAUAUCAUCCAGUACAGCCCGAUAAAAACUGAAAGUUAGAUUGGCAAUAACCGCGAAUCGGUCUCUUUUUUUAACUCUCGAGUGCAGUUCGGUUUUGCUAUUGGUAUUUUGUACAUAAACUAACGACUUUGGUCACCCUUGUUAUAUAAGCUAAGCAAAUAAACGUUUCUUUUUUUACACAAAAA